AUGUCAGAAGAAAUGUUGUGGAAGGGGGCAACUGUCACAGAGAGAGAGAGAGAGAGAGAGAGAGAGAGAGAGAGAGAGAGAGAGAGAGAGAUUUGCCGGUUGCACGACACCGCCAAGUCCUUGGACGAGGCUUCAUCCCACGGACAAACGGACACGGACAAGUACCUUGUUUGCUUUCGUGAGAUUUCCAAUGUCCUUGGUUGCUUUGGCAUGGUCUUUGGCUUUGUGACCAAAGAUAUCAACGCCAAGAUUGAGAUUCUCCAGGAGCUGCGCGAGAAAAACGCCCUUGGCUGGGAACUGCUACCCCGCGACUGUUCGUUGAUGUGUCACGAAUUCUCAGGCGAGGCUUAUCAAUUCCUCGAAAACAUGGUCGAGGCAGAAGUCGCCAACAACACAACUACUCUGCCCCGCGGUGGCCGCUCGGGAAGCCGCACACUUCUCCGCCUGCACCGUGCCCUCGAAUUUUUUGUGCGCUUCUUGGAGCGGGUGUUGGAGAUUGCCGAUGAUGACAGCGCCGCUCAGGCUGCGCAGACUGCCUACAGGUGA